CAAAGCGCAAGCGCAAUCGCUGCUAGAUUAGACGUGGUUGCCGUGUUUUCGCCUCAUUACUGAACUCAGAUUUCAAGGGCACCAAGUGCUAGAGGCACGCGUGCGCCGCCUGGCAGCACUGCCUGUACCUAGGGGCUGCGAGACAGCGCAACUCAGCACGCGCCGCCGUCGCAAAAAAACAGCAGCAGCAAUGGACAAGUACACCAUCGGCGCCGCGCUAGGCUCCGGCCAGUGGGGCGUCGUCCGCAAGGCGACGCGGAAGGAGGACAACCUCGCCGUAGCCGUAAAAAAAGUACGCGUCGCAGGUGCCCAAAAAGAGGGAAUUAACUUUCAGGUCCUCCGAGAGAUCAAGAUGCUGCGCGGGGUCAAACACGCUCAUAUCGUGGUGUUGCAUGAUGUAUUUCCCGAUGCCUCAGGAGAGGCUUUAUCGUUAGUGUUUGAACUAUUAGCCUCGGACCUCGAACGUGUUUUGUACGGCCCGGGCCCGCGCAUCACGCCGGCCCAGGCCAAGGGCUAUGUUUUUCAGCUGCUCGACGCUCUGGCGUUCCUCAGCGCGCACCAGAUCUGUCACAGGGAUAUCAAGCCGGCCAAUCUACUCUUGGAUAGACGAGGCGUCUUGAAACUGGCGGACUUUGGGUACGCGCGGUACCCGGCAGCUGUAGAUGCGGCGAUGUCGUACGAGGCGUGCACGUUAUGGUACCGGCCGCCUGAACUGCUGUUCGGGGCCAGUCACUACGACGGCUUCGCGCUGGACGUCUGGUCGGCGGGGUGUAUUUUUGUCGAGCUGUUUCUCGGGAGGCCCCUGUUCAGGGGCGAAGACGAGGUCGACCAACUGGCGCGGAUCUUCUCGGUGCUCGGCGUGCCGACGGAAGAGACGUGGCCCGACGUUUCUUGUUUGAGAAAAUACGUCGAGUUCAAGGCCGAGUCGGAUGCGGUGACGCUGGGCGCGACGUUAGGCAAGGAGUCGCCCGCAUUACCGCUGGCGUCGCGGCUCCUGGUGCUGGACCCGGGGCGACGGCCAAAGGCCGUCGACGCGCUCGCCGACGACUACUUUUCUAGAGAUCCGCCGCCCGAGCUGCGGCCGGUCGUUUCUUAAAUCUAGUAGAUGUG